UUAAACUGCCCCCCGAGUGAGAAGACUUUAGCCGUGGUCACCGUUAUAAAGACCUGCUUUUGAGACCUUGAAUUGAAGAAGCGCGCAUCGGAGCGCCAAAGGUAUAAUCUUAAGGAUUUUUUUGUCGGCAGUUGGUAACAGGUGCGAGUCCUACAAGGCUCCAGUGCGAUUAAAAAUUCAACAGCUGUCCAUUUGGAAUUUAAGGUCCUAUUUCAGCAUUCUAACACAUAAAAGACUGCAACAAGGGAGGUGAGGGAGAACAGGAAAGAAGAGAGAUAAAGACUCACACUCGCAGGAAGAGGUGUUGCCGGGCCACCAUGCUAUCUCUGAGCUGUGUGGACCCCUGGCCUGAGGGCUCUGUGAGUCUGGAGGAGGAGGUGGUAACCGCUGCAGCCCAGGCAGAACACCUGGACCUCCAGGAUCCUGGAUGUGAACCCUGCCCCCCCAGCCUGGCCUCCCCCAGCUUGGCCCCCUCCUCGGCCCCCAGCCCAGGGGGCUCCCUCUGCCUGGACGACAGCCUCACCAGCCUCCAGUGGCUCCAGGAGUUCUCCAUCCUCAGCGCCAACGGCCCCCGGCCGCCCCCUCUCUCCACCCACCCCCAGCCUCACCUCUUCGGGCACCACCAGCAGCUCCUGGGGCCUGAGGCUCCAUCCUCUCCGCUGGCGGGGGACCCAGCCUCCGGCAUGCCCCUCACCCCCGGCAAGCCCACGGCGGCAGCCUACACUCGGAUGCAGUCCCUCUCAGCUCUCCCUGGCCUGGUGGCCCAUGGCCACUGUCCGGACGAGGUGGACUACAAGACCAACGCUCACAUCAAGCCUCCGUACUCCUACGCCACACUCAUCUGCAUGGCCAUGCAGGCCAGUAAGAAGAGCAAGAUCACGCUGUCCUGCAUCUAUAAGUGGAUCACCGAUAACUUCUGCUACUUCAGACAUGCUGACCCCACAUGGCAGAACUCCAUCCGCCACAACCUGUCACUGAACAAGUGCUUCAUCAAGGUCCCCCGGCAGAAAGACGAGCCGGGGAAGGGGGGCUUCUGGAAGAUCGACCCCCAGUAUGCAGAGCGCCUCCUGAACGGGGCCUACAAGAAGAGGAGGAUGCCGGUCCAGAUCAACCCGGCCCUGCAGAACAGGCUUCAGGGGGCUCCGGCCCAGCCCCAGCCCCAGCCCCGAGGCCCGGGUAGUCCUAUGCUUGGCCAGGGCGGUGGGCUGUGUGUCGACCCAGAGUCCCAGCAGCUCCUGCGGGAGUUCGAGGAAGCCACGGGAGCCGAUCAGAACUGGGACCCCCGCCAGGCGCAUCGGCCCAUGCUGGGGGGGUGGCCCGCGGGCAGGGCCCUCGGAGGAGGAGGGAAGAGGAAGCAGGGCUCCAGGACCGGAGGGGCCAAGGCCCCUCGCCGGUCCAGCUCCCCGCUGCUGUCCCUGGAGGAGCAGAGGGAGCUGGGGCCCCUGAAGGGCAGCUUCGACUGGGACGCCCUGCUGGACUCGGCCCUGAGCGGGGAGCUCAGCCUGGACGGCAUGGAGCCGCUUAGUCCCAUCCCUCUCCAGGACCAGGACCAGGACCAGGACCAGGACCAGGACCAGGACCUGACGGUGAGGGGAACCCACAUCUGCCCCCUGCAGGCCCCGGGCGGAGUAGCGGAGGAGAACCACGUCCUGAUGGAGACCCAGAGGAGGUGCGGAGGAGCGGGAGACUACGAUGAGGAGACCUUCUUGGCCACGGCCUUCCUGCAGAGCCCCUGGCAGGAGGAAGAGGGUCGCACUGACUUCCUGUGCAGCUCUGCGGUGAACCUGGAUCAGCUGUUUGACCUGGGAGACCCCCUGGGAGGAGGGGAUAUCAGCAUUAAGAUCGAGUCUCUCCUCUAGAGGAGAGGUCUCUCUCUCCAACCAGACUGGCUCCAUGAUGUGGUUUUAGCUCCAUACUGGGUGAUACCAAACAUGUCUUCUAUAAUGGACUAAAUUAGCCUUUUUUAUGAACUAGAACAAACCCUCUUUAUGUUCUCAUCUUCAUCAUCAUCAUCAUCAUCAUCAUCUGUGGUCUUCAUGAUUUUAAGAUUUGAGUAUGUUUUUUCUUUUUUUCUUUCCAAGACUUAUAGUCGAUUGUACUGAAGAACCUUUGCAAUGCCUACUGAGCAAAGAUGCCACAAAGAACUAAUCUAACAUAUUUCUCCACAACUACUGGAUUAAACAGAGAGAUAUAUCUCAAAGAUCACAGGAAGUAACAGAGAAAUAGGAACUCUAAAUGGAGUUUAAAAAAAAAAGAUAUAUAUAUAUAUAUAUACAUAUUUACACAUACAAAUAUGUUGUUGGAACCAUUCAAUCAGACAAAGAAGCUUAAUCCAUUAACUCAAGUCUUUGUUUACACUGUGAAGGCAGGUUCAUAGUUCAUCCUCUAAAACAGGGAUCUCGGCAGAAGGACAUGCUACAAUGAUGGAAGAACAGCGGGUGUUCUUCAAGAGUGAUCGUGUCUCGCAGAGAACACCAGAGCAGAAUACAGGAAGCACGGUUCUGUAGGAACCCAGGUGGAACAGGAGAUCUUUCAACCCCAGGCUAGCGGGCGCAGGUUGGACCAGGGGAGGACACGCGAGGACAGACCUGGACUGACGGUGUUUCUCCACCUGCCAGGAUGGAGAAAAGGUGGUGUCACAGCAAGGUGUCUUCCUGAGGU